GAACACUCGCUUGUUCAAAAGGAAGGCCUUAUCGAUAUUUGACUUGGGGAUCUGGCACAAAGUAAAAGGACACAAUGAAAGUCAGCAGUUUUUUAUCUAGCUGGUCGUGGAAUCUCUAAAAUCAAAUGUUUCACAGGAUCUUCCUUGAUUUCUGCAUUUAGCGAUUGUAAUUCCUGCUGAGAUUUUGUGUAAAGGAAGGCUAGAAGGUUUAUCUCGCAUCAAUCAUCAUGGAUCCGAGAGACAUGAUUUGCAGGUAAGUGAUUGAUGGGCUUUUACAAUUACCUAGAUCCCUCCGAAUGUCUAAAGGAUCAACAUGAUUAUCGGACACCAAAGAUAACACUUGAAAUGUUUUUAUUAUGCUCCUCGACAUUUGCUGUCACUAAACUUGACGCGUACACACACGUAUAAAUAAACCACCUCUCAUCUACAGCGAUAAAUAACCAAACGUCAAGUCUAAGGAAUCGACAACAUUUUUCUACACUACCCUAUUCAUCUUUUUGUAAGCAAAUCCGAGUCCAACGGGCCAUUCGGGAUGGUAUACGAUAGGACAGUCCAUGUGGUUUUCAAAACCUUGUUCAUCCAAGACGCCGAGCGUCACGUUUCGACAUCCAAUGAUUUUGAUCCACUCAAUGUUUUGGCAUGCCUCUGCUAAAGCUCGAAUACCCGAAUUGGUGAUGCUCAGGCCGUAGUGGAUAAGGAAUACUUUGAGAUUGGGGCAACCUUCUCCGAGGAGCGCCAGACCAGAGUCACUGGCAUUCUGGUACUGCGAAACGCAGAGGUAUUUCAGGUUAGCAGCGCAUGGAGACUUUGUGAUUGCGAUUAAACUGUCGUCGUGAAGCAUGUGGCAGGACGACAGGGACAGAGCUUCCAGGUUGUGGCAUCCCGCAAGAAGCGACAACAGUCCAUGCUGGUUGAUCGGACUGUUGGUCAUAAAGUGCAAUUCUGAACCCGACGAAUGUGUCACUGUUAUUGACCCGCAUUACACAGUGAUACAAACCUGAACUACAUACCUCGCAGGUUCACGCACGAAGUUCCAAUGAAAGCCAAAAGCGAUCCGACAGACUCUGAACUCAGUGUCGUCGCCCGGUAAUCCUCCAUCGUGAUAUCAAGCCUGCGAAGCUACAAAUACAACCAUUAUUUCACAAAGUAGCUCUCCAAGAUGUCUCCAAUCCAAAUGGCAUACCUUAAUAAAGGCACCGCCAAGGCUCAGCUGCUUCAUUGCGCUCACAAGCACAUCACCAUUGAUUCUUCGUAGAGCAAGUUCGCUCAAAUUCCGGCAUGUAGAAAGAGGCACUACACUCUUGAAGAAGUUUAUGCGUAAACGUCCGCAACACUGAUGAAUCGUCAUCUUUUGUCACGCGGCGGUUUCCGUGCGGAUCAAAGAUGUGCCACAUGGUGGGAGUCCAGAAAAGUCCCUCAAAAAAUCUAGAGAUGAGGCGGACUAUUGGACAACCACAAAAUGAGUAAUGUAAUGCAUAAGGCAAGAUCGCAGGCUCCCAAGCCGCAUAUUCCCACUUACUCUUGGCCCUAUUCUGCACAUCGAGAUAUUUGAGCGACUCGAGGAGGAUCUCAGGAGGCAAAUCCAGGAUGCCCGGAUCUCGAAUGGUGGUUCGCCGAAGCUGUUCCUCCAGCAUGUCAAGGUCCAAACUGUUCUCAUGAGGUGACAUUUCGUAGACGCUCUUCUCUUAAUAGGAUAUAAAUAACUGCACGGAAUAUCUAUGCUCUACUUUACAAGUCUUGCGCUCACACGCCUAACCACAUUCCCACAUGCCAAGUACUUCGAGAAGGUGGAGAAGGGGGCGGGGGUGGAGGUGGUGUCUGCUUACCGCAGCUGCUUUAGUGGCUUAGUACAAUAAUUUGGAUAAGUUAUCAAAUGGCUCACGUAAGCACAUCGUCACGCGAAGCAACCCCUGACGAUCCUUUCUUUUGCGCACAAGUAGCCAAUUCCCGUCGUUUGCUUCGGACGAUUUUCAACGAUGCCCACCAUCGCUCCAGCACACCAUAUCAUCCACUCCCCAUCCACCCCUUCUUUUGGGGCCCGUCGACUCUUGAAUGCAUUCAAGUUUAACCGUCAUCGACGACAACCAGAGUCUUUGCACGCCGCAUCCCUACGCAAAACCCAGCGCAUACUCGUCUUGGACACCGUACGCCGUCGAUCACUCCCAAAAACACCAUCCACACUCCCAUACAUUAGCACACAGCAGGAUCCGAUUACAUUCUUGACGUCCACGCCACUCACACUUGACCCUAUUGCGAAAGAAACCAAAUCAGAAAACAAUGGUAUUCCGCUCGUAUUUCAUAUUUCGACUGUAGUUUUUUUGGCUGGGUGGGGACUUGCUUGUCUUCGUGAUGGAUGGGGGAAGCGGAAGGUUCAGCGUGGGUUUUGAUGGGUUGCAGCCCAGACGAUCUCCUAUGAUUAUGUAUUUACAUUGUAGCUUAGCGGAACUUGACGCGACUGACGUGAUCAGACGAAUCCCAUGUCAACACUUGGAUGAGCAGGUGGUAGUUUAUGCCUUGUUCUUUUUGUUUUUAACAAAGGUUAUCUCGGAGCAAACGGAUGUCAUCUGCUUUAAACCUGCUUCAGUACUUACAUAUGCAGAAUUCGAAGCGACACAGGAAACCGCUGUGUUAUAUACUACAGGAGGAACCCUUAGCUCUUAAAACUUGGCCAUGUCACGAUGAUAAAGUACCCACCUGUUGAAAAACAUCGGGAAGGCCAAGGGAAAAAUAAUCCGAGAGACAAGGACAAUGGCAUGCUAAACGGUGGUAUGAGACCGACGAUUUGAACGAUGGAGCACGCAUCAUUGCAAACGCUCCCCACCGGUAAAAUGUCGACCAUCACUUCAUCGUCUCUCCGGUUCGCUUUGUAACACUAUGUAGCAGACAUUCGCCUGAAUGGUGGAGCAGGAAAUUUGAAAUAGCAGUGUCAUAAGUCUAUCUAUGUCACCCAGCGUCAUGUCAUUACGAAACAUCUGGAUCAUAUGAACCACCCAUAGAUCAUUCGCCCGUGCUUUCUGGAAAGCAUGAACCAUUUGUAUAUUUUGCAAUGGACCCAAGUAGUCAUCCCGUUUCUCCACCGUUUCUUACGGGGGGAACGUGGUUGUCCAAGCUAGACGCGCAACCCACAACAUUUUU